UUUUAACGGUUACCACUAAUAGAUGUUCUUACUAACGGUGCAUGCACGAUUUGCUUUGAUAACGGCCACGUCCCACCACGUUUUCAAUAAGCCGUACCCACAACAAUUUCAAAAUCAAAACCUUUGUUUGUUCCACAGUUUUUGCGUCUCUACCAACCAAACAUUAUUAUAUUUAUAUACAUAAGCUACCUCUUCACUUGAGGCCGAGGUCAGGAAGUAACAUUGGUCAUUUUGAUUGGUAAGAAAAAAUGAAGGGAGACAAUAUGAGUUUAUGGAUGAUGAUGGUUUUGGUUUUGGUGUUGUUAAAUGAGGCUACCAUCAAUGCUAAGGAGUUCAAAGUGGGUGAUGAUCUGGGGUGGCAGGAACCCGACACCAACGACACCCUUGUAUAUGAUCAGUGGGCUGCAAGUAAACGAUUCCAUGUGGGAGAUUCUCUCUUUUUUGAAUACAAUAAGAAGAACGAUUCAGUGUUGGUGGUGGAGAAAUGGGACUACUACCAUUGCAACACAAGCAAACCCAUCACAGCCUUUGACAAUGGUGAAAGCAUGGUGGAACUGGAUAGGCCAGGGCCUUACUAUUUCGUAAGUGGGGCCCCUGAUCAUUGCAUGAAGGGCCAGCGCCUCCUUGUUGAUGUCAUGGCCCCACACCAUCCGCCACCGUCUGUUGCCGUUCCACCCGACCACCCUCAUCUUCUUCCUCAUCCCGACAUGUCUCCUUCCCCUGCUCCAGCAUCUUCUGCUGUUUCUGUUUCCGUUGAGGCUACUCUGCUUCUACUCACAUUUGUACUUUCAAUAUUUGCAUCUUUCGCAUAGUUUUACCCUUUUUAUUUAUUUAUUUAUUUGUUUAUUUGUUUAUUUAUUUUUUAACUUUCAAUUACCUAGUUCCCGCAUAUUAU